UCAUCACCACUGCUCUUCUGUCCCCCUUCCACCCUUGUGUACAAAGGCUCCAACAUCACCACUAUGCCUUUUACCAUCAAGAAGCCAGCCGAUGUGGCAGGCUCUGGCGCCCCUGCCAUCAUAAUAGGAUUGUUUGUGGCUUUUGGAGGUGUACUCUAUGGCUACGAUACUGGUACCAUUGGUGGUAUCAUGGGGAUGAAACACUGGAGAGAUUUGUUCUCGACCGGCUACAUCAACGAGAAGGAUGGCGGACUCGAUGUUACUUCGGAGCAGCAGUCACUCAUCGUCUCGAUUCUGUCCGCUGGCACUUUCUUCGGAGCCCUGACCGCUGCACCUGUGGCAGACACACUUGGUCGUCGUCUAGGAUUGAUUGUUAGCAACGUCGUCUUCUGCCUCGGUGUCAUUCUUCAGACCAUUGCUACCGCCAUUCCCCUCUUCGUCGCAGGUCGUUUCUUCGCUGGCUACGGCGUAGGUAUGAUUUCAGCUAUGAUACCGCUGUAUCAAUCCGAAACUAGUCCGAAAUGGAUUCGAGGUGCCAUCGUUGGUGCCUACCAACUCGCCAUCACUAUCGGUCUCCUACUCGCUGCCAUCGUUGAUAACGCCACCAAGGACCGCUACGACACUGGCUCGUACCGCAUUCCCAUCGCAGUGCAAUUUGCCUGGGCUAUCAUCUUGUUCGUUGGUUGCUCUUUCCUCCCUGAGACGCCUCGCUUCUUGAUCAAGCGCGGCAAACCUACCGAAGCCGCAAAGUCACUUUCCAAGCUCCGAAGACUCGACGUUGAACACCCAGCCCUUAUCGAGGAGCUUAGUGAGAUCACUGCCAACCACGAAUAUGAACUCUCCUUGGGCAAAGCCUCUUACCUCGACUGCUUCCGCGGCAAUCUUGGCAAGCGUCUUGCUACGGGCUGUCUGCUACAGAGUCUCCAACAGCUCACAGGUGUCAACUUCAUCUUCUACUACGGUACAUCUUUCUUCCAAAACGCCGGAUUCAAGAACCCCUUCGUCAUCACCAUGAUCACAUCUUGCAUCAAUGUUGCUUCCACUUUCCCCGGUCUCUACAUGGUCGAAGCAUGGGGACGUCGCAAUCUCCUUCUCUUUGGUGCUGUCGGAAUGGCCGUCUGCCAAUUCAUCGUGGCCAUCACCGGAACUGUUGUUGGCUCCGGUAACCCAGCCGCACAGAACGCCAUGAUCGCUUUCGUCUGCAUCUACAUCUUCUUCUUUGCAUGCUCUUGGGGUCCUGUUGCCUGGGUCGUCACCGGCGAGAUCUUCCCGCUCAAGGUCCGCGCUAAAUCUCUCUCCAUGACUACCGCCUCUAAUUGGCUGUUGAAUUUUGCCAUUUCUUUUUGUACCCCAUAUCUCGUCAAUUCCGGGCCCGGAAAUGCCAAUCUGGGCGCAAAAGUCUUCUUCAUCUGGGGCGGCUGCUGCUUCGUUUGCAUCUUCUUCGUCUGGUCCAUGAUCUACGAGACCAAGGGUCUCGCCCUCGAGCAGGUCGACGAGCUGUACGCAAAGGUCUCGCACGCGUGGCAGAGUCCCGGCUUCGAGCCCAGCAUCUCGUUCCAGGAUGUGCGCGAUGUCACCGAGGGAGAAGGAAACCGGAAGUUGUCCCUCACUGAAGCAGAGGGUGCCGUGAACAGGAAGAAGUCGGUUCAGCAUGUAGAGGCCCCGGGUGUCAUGGGCGAGAAGUCCUUUGUGGCUUGA